AUGGCAUCUCCAUCUUAUACAGCUGUUGAAGUCGCCACUGCCCUGUCCAAAAUCACCCUUACCAACACACUCACAUCCCCUCUCCUCCGCCUCCCCGCCGAAUUGCGUAACAAGAUCUACACCUACGUAGGCCACUCAGAACAGAUCCACAUCGCCGCGACCAUUACCAACGCAAGCCCUGGCGAUCCAACCCGUGACCCUUCCGGAUUCACUAUGCAAUUCGACUUCCCAGGUCUCCUCUCCACCUGCCAACAAACCCGCUCCGAAGCUACCGCACUCAUAUACGCUCAAUCCACCGUCAACACGCUCUCCGGCGACGCUUGGUACUGGCUAUACUCACACUUUGCACACCGACUCUGCGCCCGUGUAACUUCAAUACAGAUCAGCGAGAUCUUCGCCAACCUCAUGGAGCGAGAGACUGAUCAGCGCAUGCUAGACUCGCAGGAUGUCAAGGUAUGUGCCUUGCACUUGCCAUGCCUGGAGCGUGUGCACGUCGUAUGUCAGGUGGUAGCCGGCUGGCCAAUAGGCAGCGGUUACUUCACGGAGGAAGCGGUGAAGGAAUGGUUUGGAAACGAGGGUUUGGAUGUGUUCUUUGAGGGGAGUUGGUCGAAGCAGUACUCGUGUCCUGACUCCCUCAUAGAGAGGUACGAUAUGUUGGUGGAUGGAGAGUGA